GACACAGCUGCACCUCAUAGGACACAUUCAAGGGGAAACGUCCGUCUGAUUAUUAUAUGAAAGUGUUCACACUCCGGAGCUGGGCUGCUUUCUUCUGAUCAACGCGGUGGUUUCGUCUCGUGUGAAGACAGACCGAAGGCAGAAUGAUGCACAAGCUCACAAAGGCGCCGCUGGCCUUAAACGGACUUGGCCGGUGUUUUAAUACAGAAAAGCAUUGGUCUGCUGUAAAAAUCAUCAGGCGAGGAUUAGUAUGUGCACAACAUGAGGGCGACUCUGGCAAGAAUGAGGUUUAUGAUGUGAUAAUAUCCGGGGGAGGGAUGGUUGGAUCUGCAAUGGCAUGUUCUCUAGGCAUGGAUCCUAAUUUGACGGGUAAGAAAAUUCUGCUGCUUGAAGCUGGAAAGAAGAAAGUGAUGGACAAGGUGCCGGAUGCCUACAGCACCAGAGUGAGCUCCAUCAGUCCGGGCUCUGCCACGCUCCUCAGCGGUAUUGGAGCAUGGGAGCAGAUCUCACAGAUGAGGUGCAAGCCCUAUAAAAAGAUGCAGGUUUGGGACGCCUGCUCAGAUGCCCUGAUCACGUUCGAUAAGGAGAACCUGCAGGACGAGAUGGCGUACAUCGUGGAGAACGACAUCAUCGUGGCCGCCAUCACCAAACAGCUGGAAGGCCUGUCUGAUAAUGUGCAAGUUAAGUACAGGUCCAAGGUGGUGAAGUACACAUGGCCCAUGCCCCACCAGGCAGCAGACUCCAUCCCAUGGGUGCAGGUCACGUUGGCCAACGGGGAGACUCUUCAGACCAAGCUGCUGAUCGGCGCCGACGGACCGAACUCGAUGGUGAGGCAGGAAUUAGGGAUUCCCACAGUAAAGUGGAAUUAUGACCAAUCUGCUGUGGUGGCUGUUCUGCACCUAUCGGAGCCCACGGAGAACAAUGUCGCAUGGCAGAGGUUCCUCCCAACAGGACCCAUUGCAAUGCUACCGCUGUCGGACACAGAGAGCUCCCUGGUGUGGUCAACCAGCCACCAGAUCGCGGAGGGGCUGCUGGAGCUGGACGAGGAGAGCUUUGUUGACGCAAUCAACUCUGCCUUCUGGAGUAAUGAGAACCAGUCGGAGCUAAUUGAGACGGCUGGCUCGCUGUUCCGCGGCGCCCUGUCGGCCAUCAUGCCGUCUGCAGGUUCACCUCGACAGCUUCCUCCAAGCGUGGCAGGGAUCGGCCCAAAGACCCGGGUCAUGUUCCCGCUGGGUAUGGGUCAUGCAUCCGAGUACAUCAGGCACAGAGUGGCGCUCAUUGGGGAUGCGGCCCACCGUGUCCAUCCUCUGGCGGGUCAGGGAGCCAACCUGGGAUUUGGGGAUGUGGCUUGCCUCACGCAGCUCCUGAGCCAGGCAGCCUUUAACGGGAAGGACCUGGGAGCGAUUCAGCACCUCUUAGAAUACGAAACUGAACGUCAGCGACACAAUCUGCCCAUGAUGGCUGCCAUCGACCUCAUGAAGCGGCUUUAUUCCACCAACGCUGCUCCCGUGGUUCUCCUACGCACCUUCGGUCUGCAGGCCACCAACAUGCUCCCAGCGCUAAAAGAGCAGAUCAUGGCGUUCGCAAGCAAGUGAUGCAUCGGCCGAGCAGUGGAUCUCCGGUGACAGUGAGCUUUAAAGCUUGUAAAAAGUUGUGAAUGUGAAAAAAAUAAUAAAGAUUUAUUUUCCUCUCUA